UUGCUGAAAUUUUUGAGGUGGUUGUAGAUGGUUGUAGGUGGUUUUAGGUGGUUUCAGGUGGUUUUAGGUCGUUCGAUGUUUUAGUACUUACGCAACCAAAACUGCAAUUAAGAGUUCUUCAGUGUUGAGGGCUUUCUUCCAGCAAGCAAUCUUCCCAGAAUAUCUUCUUCGGUUAGUAAACGGGGUCCAUAUAAAGCAUUUGCCAUAUUUUCUCUUCCUGACCGGAAGGGUACGUUAUUAAAUAAUACGUUUGUUGAGAACUUCUCAGUAGAAACUGUAAAAUCUCUUAGGUUUGGCCCUUGUGACCUCGUUUUCGUGCCACUCGCCCCAGCUUUUACCGGUUGGCGGCCAUUUUGGAAUAAGGUGUACAUGUCAUUUUAGAUUUAAAAAAAAAAACGGUCACCAAAGUAAGCAGAGCGAAAGUAGAAUAUGAGGAACAUUUCAUUAUUUUACUUCAUAACUCAUCAUACUUUCGCAAUGAGACACAGAAAGAUUCUAUUUGUGUUCAUUUUUCUGGUAGCUACGAUGUGUCUUCUGAUGAUGUCCUUAAUACAGACUGAUUCCAAGCUCACACUUUCCCCCACAAAUAAGUGUGUUGUGAUUGUCGAUCGCGAAGACAUUGUGUAUCCGUGCUAUGGUAAUCGAUUCGGAAAACACUGUCUUGUGGCACUCGAUUGGGGAGAAAUGUGCCCCGAGUUGUACACAGAAUUGGGAGGAAAAUGUAACUUGAUCAACGGUACAAUUCAAUGUCCUGAUAUUCGAAACCACGCAAAAUUCCGCAACCGACAGGCACAACUCGUCAUGACCAGAAUGCUACGUAUUUUUGACCUCAUAGCGCAGAAACACAACAUUGACUACUGGAUAUUUGGCGGGACUUUACUUGGUGCUGCAAGACAUCAUGGAUUUAUUCCGUGGGACUACGACAUAGAUAUUGAAAUGCCUUUGGAAGAAUAUGUGAAAUUUUUCCAAGUCGCAGCAAAGGAUUUACCGCCAGAUAUUUUCUUUCAGAACUCUAUAAGUGAUCCAGCGUUGAAUCCGGAUGACCCAAGCGGUUACUACAAGCAUGAAAUAGUUGGUAUCUACGAAGCAACUUGGAACCCAAGAUUACGAGAUAGAUAUAGUUGCUAUAAAUUCUGUAUGUCCUACGGAUGUACUUGGCAUGAUGGGCUCAUGAUUGACAUGUUCGUGUCGCCUCACAUGAACAGAUCUGCGGUCCCGCGUAGACGAAUAAGUUUCGAAGGUUUCACCUUUCCUGUGCAAAAUGACUGGGAGGAAUAUUUAAUAGAAAAUUUUGGCGAGAAAUACUUUGAGGUUCCAAUCGAUCAAGAACCGAAAGAAAGUCCAGACGUGUUCCAUGGAUGCGAGGAACUCAAAGGAAGUUCUUAAUAGAUCUCACGAUAGCGAAAUUUCCAAGAGUGACUUGCUGAGAUGUAACACGAAACAUACUCCAUUAAGAAAAAUAACAAGCUGUAUCAAUUUCCACUGGCGCUUUCGUUUUCAUUGCAAACUUUUAAAAUCCAUGAAAUUAAAAUAAAGAAAAAACUGAAAGAAAGUAAAAGAAACGAAGUUUCAAUCACAGGCGGCCUAAGCUCCAGCUGCGAGAUGAUCAUCUUGCCCAAGUCUGAUCACUCCAUUUCCGAACGCCCGAUCUGAGGAGCGAAAAAUUCCAGCGCAAAAUGACCGGGCGGCCACAAAUCCAACGCAGAAUCCAAGCACGUAUACUGUAGUUUCAUUUCAAUUCACUACAAACUCAAUCUUCCCCGUGCAACCCUAACCCUAAGCAGUUUGCUUCAAAAAUUUCCAGUUUAGAGGUUUCUAACAGCCCGCG